AUGUUGGACUGGGCUGAUCGUGGGGACAGUCCUAUUGUGGAAACCAAUAUGAUGGGUUAUGCGUCUCUAGCGCAAACGGACACUGGGCUCCACAUGCGUCAGUUCAGCCGUGUGUUUAUCGUAGCCGAUGCAUCGGAUCCUUCCAGUCGAAUUCUGUUCAUUAAUUCCGAUAUAGCCAUGGGAGAUUCUGGCGUUAGACGCUCGAUCGUCGCGGAGUUGACUGACUUGUAUCCGGGCGUUUACACCAACGAGAACAUAGCGAUGAUAGGUACUCAUCAACACUCCGGCGUCGGGGGGUAUCUGGAAAACCUCCUGCCUCAGAUAACGUCCUUGGGUUACGUUCCUCAGACAGCGGACGCUAUCGUGACCGGUACUGUCCUCGCGGCGCAGCGUGCUCAUGAUAGUUUGGCGCCCGGCAGUUUAAGCCUGGGAAACACCACGGUUUUGGAUGCUAACAUCAAUCGAUCGCCUUCUGCAUAUCUGUUCAACCCCGCGGAGGAAAGAGCGAGGUAUGAGUACGACCAGGACAAGGAUCUCACCCUCCUGCGUUUCGAUGAUGAUUCGGGUACAGCGAGAGGUUUUCUCAGCUUCUUUGCUGUCCACGGCACGAGUCUCUAUGAAAACAACACCCUUGUCAGCUCAGAUAACAAGGGAAUGGCUGCAUACCUGUACGAAUCUAUGGUGGAACCUGAUGCCAUGCCGGGCAACGCGACGUUUGUUGCUGGGUUCACACAGGCCAACGUGGGCGACACCAGCCCCAACACGCUCGGCGCCUUCUGCGAAAGCCCAGGAGAAGACUAUGAUGGUUUGCCUUGCGACUUUGAUCACUCGACCUGCGGUGGGACCGUGGAAGACUGUCAUGGACGGGGACCGGGAUUUCGCGUGUCUGACUUUGAGUCCAAUAGAAUCAUCGGCGAAAAGCAGUUUGAGGGAGCUCUCACCAUCAUGGAUGGAGGCACUUUGGCGCCCGUCAGCGGUUCCGUGAGGAGUGUGCAUGUCUACAUGGAUAUGGCAAACCAUACAUUUACCUUGCCAAAUGGGACCACUGUACAAACGUGUCCCGCUGCUAUGGGAUUCUCUUUUGCGGGAGGCACUACCGACGGACCCGGCGCUUUCGACUUUAUCCAAGGAGAUAACUCGUCAAAUACGCAGAAUCCAUUCUGGGAGCUCGUAAAAGAUUUCGUGACACCUGCACCAUCGCAGGCCCAAAUUGAUUGUCAGGAUCCUAAGCCAAUUCUAUUGAACACGGGUUACGCUCAUUUUCCGUAUGAAUGGUCUCCUAGCACCGUCGACAUUCAGAUGCUUCGCGUAGGGAAUUUUGUGAUGCUCAUCAUGCCAGGUGAAUUGACAACUAUGUCCGGAAGAAGAAUUCGGGAGGCCAUCCGGGCGGAACUGAUCGCCUUGGGCAUUCUGGGCGAGGACGCGUAUGUGGUCAUCGCUGGGCCCGCUAAUACGUAUGCGCACUAUGUGGCUACGCGAGAAGAGUAUGGCGCACAGCGGUAUGAAGGCGCUUCGACGAUUUUUGGACAAUAUACACUCGAGGCCUAUAUCGACAGGUACACGAGUCUAGUUCCAUUCUUGGGCGAGUCGCCGUCGGGAACGCCAGCCUCCGAUGCAGCCCCCGCCGAACAGACCUCCAAGGCUAUUUCCCUGCAGACCGGUGUCGUUUUUGACGCCGCCCCGAUUGGAAAGCAGUUCGGUGAUGUCUUGGCUGACGUGGGCGCUUCAUAUGUGGUUGGGGAUACUGUCACGGCCCAAUUCGUAGGCGCUGAUCCAAGGAACAACUUGCGACUUGGAAGCACGUUCCUCACGGUUGAUCAACAGGUCUCGGGUCAAUGGGUGACUGUGAAGUCUGAUGCUCAUCCUUCGACGACGCUCAAGUGGAAUAGAACGAGUACCAUCCUUGGCACGAGCACGGUGGACAUUUCAUGGACCAUUGAAAGUGGGACGCCCGCUGGAACGUACCGUAUCGUUUAUUAUGGCGAUUCGAAACCGCUGAUUGGCGCUAUUUCCUCAUUUUCCGGGAUCUCGUCGACCUUUACGGUCUCAUAA